CUGCCCCCGGCACUUCCAGAACCUCGAUCGAUCGUAGCUCGUGUUCCCUCUCCUUUUCGCGGCGAUGGCGGUGGAUCUGACCCCGAGGCAGCCGGCGAAGGCGUACGGCGGCGAGGGCGGCGCCUACUACGAGUGGAGCCCAGCCGAGCUGCCCAUGCUCGGUGUCGCCUCCAUCGGCGCAGCCAAGCUCUCGCUCGCCGCCGGCGGCAUGUCCCUCCCCAGCUACUCCGACUCCGCAAAGGUCGCCUACGUCCUCCAAGGCAAGGGAACCUGUGGCAUCGUCCUGCCUGAGGCCACCAAGGAGAAGGUGGUCGCCGUCAAGGAGGGUGACGCUCUGGCGCUCCCGUUCGGCGUGGUCACCUGGUGGCACAACACCCCGGGGUCUGCGACGGAGCUCGUCAUCCUCUUCCUUGGCGACACCUCCAAGGGCCACAGGCCCGGCCAGUUCACCAACUUCCAGCUCACGGGCGCCAGCGGCAUCUUCACCGGCUUCUCCACAGAGUUCGUCGGCCGCGCCUGGGACCUCAAGCAGAAUGACGCGGCCAAGCUCGUCUCCAGCCAGCCAGCCUCCGGCAUCGUCAAGCUCUCGGCCGGGCAGAAGCUCCCCGAGCCUGUCGCAGAGGACCGCAAGGACAUGGCGCUCAACUGCCUGGAGGCCAAGCUCGACGUGGACAUCCCCAAGGGCGGCCGUGUGGUGGUGCUCAACACGGCCAACCUGCCGCUUGUUAAGGAGGUCGGGCUGGGGGCUGACCUGGUCAGGAUCGACGCCCACUCCAUGUGCUCCCCUGGAUUCUCGUGCGAUUCGGCGUACCAGGUCACGUAUAUCGUCCGUGGCAGCGGGCGCGUGCAGGUCGUCGGCCCGGACGGCAAGCGUGUGCUGGAGACCCGCAUCGAGGGCGGCAGCCUCUUCAUCGUGCCCCGCUUCCACGUUGUGUCCAAGAUCGCUGAUGCCUCUGGCAUGGAGUGGUUCUCCAUCAUCACCACCCCCAACCCGAUCUUCAGCCACCUGGCGGGGAAGACAUCGGUGUGGAAGGCCAUCUCGCCGGAGGUGCUGGAGGCGUCAUUCAACACGACGCCGGAGAUGGAGAAGCUCUUCCGGUCCAAGAGGCUCGACUCCGAGAUCUUCUUCGCCCCCAACUAGGGCCAUUCAUUGCACAUCGGCCUGUCGCCUUAGGCAGAAAUCAAUAAAUUUAGUUAGGCUUUGAGCGUGAGUAUGUCAGUUAGCUCUGCAAAAUCUAUCUUAGUUGCCCCUGACAGAUCAGAAUGUUUCUGUCACUUCGUCAUAGGUUAAAUCAAGUGUGAGUGUUUGUUGCCGGCCUGAGCUAUUAUCAGAACUGAUGAAUGCAAUCGAUCGUUAAA